UUGCGUGAGAAAUCAAAGGCUGAAGCAGAUCUCAAAGCAUCCCAGCAAGAGAUGCUAAUGUGGUGUGAAAAGCAUAAGGCAGUUUCCCUCAAACUGGAUGAAUUAACCAGGAGCUUUGGCGAUCUCAGAGGCGAGACCCGCGAUGACAGUGCUGGUCCCAGUCACCAUUCGCGAGAGGAACGGAGUGCCGACGACAUCGCAUCGAACAACGAAAAAAUUGGAGCUCCAGAACUGGAAACUGCCAGAGAAUGUGCCUCGAGGGCUGAAACAGAGCUGCAGGCAGUGAAACUGCAAAUCAGCACUCUUGAGAGCGAGGUGAUCCAGAGGGAUGCAGCACUCAGAGAUCUUGUGACAGCACUGCAGAGCCUUGGCGAUCUCAGCGUCGAGACCCGCGAUGGCAGUGCUCGUCCUAGUCACCAUUCACGAGAGGAACGGAGUGCCGACGACAUCGCAUCGAACAACGAAAAAAUUGGAACUCCAGAACUGGAAACGGCCAGAGAACGUGCCUUGAGGGCUGAAACAGAGCUGCAGGCAGUGAAACUGCAAAUCAGCACUCUUGAUAGCGAGCUGAUCCAGAGGGAUGCAGCACUCAGAGAUCUUGUGACAGCACUGCAGGCAGAGGAACAGGCGAAGCUCCUGGCCUUCAAUGAAGUAACGAAAUUAAGCAAGAGGCUCGCUGUGCUGGAAGGAUUUCAUGAGGAGCACAGAGAACAGCUCAGGCACGCAGAAACGGCAGGUGUACGAGCUCGAGACUCUGCAGAAGUGGAAAUGGAAGGGCUCAGGAAAAAGGUAGUCAUUCUUCAUAGGGAAAAUCAAGCAUUAUUGGCUAGCUACGACUAUUGGCUGCGGACGCUGGCACGCCAGUCAAGAGCAAGCUCUACGUCCUAUAGUUCGGAUGAUACAUUGGACCAAGCCUUGAUGGAGCGCGAAGAAGGGCACUAUAAGCAGCGUCAUCCUGUUUUUAUUGGGGAGACUUUCGAUGAAGGGGAGGAGGGGGAGGAGGAAGAGGAAGAGGAGGAGGAGGAGGAGGAGGAGGAAGAAGAGGAGGAAGGACAGGAGAGGAGGGCAGUUGAGUCUGAAUGUAAUAAUGUAGACUGUAGCGAUCCUGACUGUAGGGCAUUCAAUAGGGGUAUUGUGCAACGAGGUGGGGGUAAUGGUCGAGGACUAAUAAUAACUGCGACAUUGCAUCCUUCUCACUAAGAACACCAAUCUAGAAUAUGAUUUUUGUUUAAUUUUUUUUUUCUUUUAGUAAAGUUUAACCAUAUUGGGCCCUUCUCACUAGGAGCAACAAUCUGGAACUUAUUAUUAUUAUUAUUAUUUUUUUUUUUCAAAGUAAGUUUUUUGCAUAUUGGUCUCUUCUAAGUUCUCAUUAAGAACAUCUGUGUGGAAUUCCUUGUUUUUAUCUUUUAGCUUUUAACUUUUAACUAGUUUUUACUAAUUGAAUCAUUUUUACUAUUUUUUUAGUAAAUGUUUACCAAAUUA